AGAUACCAACGAAGAUUAAUAAUGAAAUUAAUAAUUAUACUCUUGAGGGAAACAGUCUUCCUCAUCGGAUUCUCUCCCAAUUCUUGCGCGCAUUUGUGCUUUGGAAUUUGACUAUUUUUCAAUCGCCUCUCUUUGGUUCGUCACUUUCACAGUGAAGUAAAAUGAGUUUUCUGCUAACAACUUUGAAGAAGAAGCACGACGUCGAUACCGUUAUCAGAGACACCUUAGAGAAGGUCCUUGUCCUGCGUUUCGGCCGCUCCUCCGACCCUGCAUGUCUCGUGCUUGACGAUAUUCUUUCUAAAUCAGCGAGGGAUGUGUCCAAGUUUGCAACUGUGGCUCUUGUAGAUGUUGACUCCAAGGACAUUCAAGUCUAUCUCAAGUAUUUUGACAUUACCCUGAUUCCAUCUACAGUUUUCUUCUUCAAUGCGCAUCACAUGAAAAUGGAUUCAGGGACUGCUGACCAUACUAAAUGGAUUGGUACUUUUCACCGAAAGCAAGACUUUAUUGAUGUUGUAGAGGCAAUAUAUAGAGGAGCAAUGAAGGGAAAGCCUAUUGUGAAGUGCCCUCUUCCACCAGAACGGAUACCAAAAUACCAGCUACUGUACAAAGAUGUCUAGAAGUAGAAGUUAAACUUGGCAGUUAUGGUUCUUCUCUUAUACCCCAUUUGGUAACACGGAAUUGUAAUUGAAGUGGAAAUGAAAGUGGAACUAUUACUCUUUAGCUGGGGGAGCCGCUGUGACAUGUAGUGUGUGUUUGGAUUAAAAAAUUUACAACUUAAGUUAGGAUUCAAUUGAGAUUAGCAAACUGAAGUUAGAGGAAAAGUCAGUUAAUAUAAUGUGAUUUAUGUUUGGAUA